ACGGGUCUGUACACUUGCAGUCUGCGCCAAAUAGUCCCUCUUGACAAGUACAGUGCGUGUUCUCCAUCAGUUGACAACCGUUGAUGUCAGCUAAUAUUUGAACUACAGACUGAUUCUCGCUCUAUUUAUUCGUGAGUCCUUCGGGAUAAUCCGCGCUCUAUAACAAGGUGUGGCCGAGAUGUGUGUGACCUGCAGGUGCGAGCCAUAAGAUAGAUGCUAACUUAAUGCACAUCACAGGCUCGCAAUGAUUCAGAUCCAAACUCGCCAACAACUACAACAACUAUGAGAAACUAUCUAUUGGAACGUGUGAUGGACUUUAGAGUACUUUCUGCUACGAGACAAAUUCCAGAUAGAAUCGUUUAAUGACAAUUGGAAGGAAAAUAUUAUUCAUCGUGAGUGUUACUCAGUAUUCUACUAUCCGCCCUGGAAGGAUUAGUCCCAGUUUAUCAUAGUGUAUCGGUUCGGGAGACAGAGAAAUUAACUGUUCCAAUUCAGUUAUACUGGAAGAAAUUCAAAGAUAUUGAAUUUCUUCAGAGCCCUGGUGAUUGAAAGUCUCAAUAUAUACAGUGAAUAUAGUAUAAUCGUUCAUAAAUCAAAUAGAACUUAGGUUAUGAAGUCUCAGAUCUAAUUAACAGAAGUCCAGAGGUACAUCAUCUAGUAUAUGGUGACACCAUGUAUGGCAAACCUCUCAAUUGAAAUUCUCAACAGAUAUCACAAAAAUAUAAUCAUUACUUUCAAUUUAGUUCACUUUUCCUUCGAAAUUCGUGAUCUAGAGAGAUAAGACGAACUCCGAGGUUGACGAAUAUGUUAAUCACUACUUAUCAUUCACUUCAUUUUUACCUUCGAACACGAGACUAAGAGGGGUGAGAUCAGGUCCAAGAGUGUCAAAUAUUUUCAUAUUCAAUCAUCUAGUUCAACUUUCUUGCAAAUACGUAAUGAAGAGGGACAAUACGAGUUUCAAGAUUGAUACAUAUAUGUCCAUGACUUAUCAUUAACUUCAAUUUUUCUAUCGAAUACGUGAUCUAGAGAGUGUAGAAAAGGUUAGUAAGUGACAAAUAUGUUUUUAACUUAUUCAUUUCAUCCUUCCAUUCGAACACGUGAUCAAGAGGGGUAAGAUCAGGUCAAAGAAUGUCAAAUAUUUUCAUUCUCAAUCAUCUAGUUCACCUUCUUCGCAAAUACAUAAUCUAGAGUGAUAAGACGAGUUCCAAGAGUGACACAUAUAUCCAUAGCUUAUCAUUAACUUCAAUUUUUCUAUCAAAUACGUGGUCUAGAGAGCUGAGACAAGUUCAGUAAGUGACAAAUAUGUUUUUCACUUAUGUUUUAACUCACUUAGAAAGUUGAGACAAGUUCAGUAAGUGACAAAUAUGUUCUUCACUUAUCAUUUAAUUCACUCAUAGAGUUGAGACAAGUUCAGUAAGUGACAAAUAUGUUUUCCACUUAUCAUUUAAUUCACUCAGAGAGUUGAGACAAGUUCAGUAACUGACAAAUAUGUAUUUCACUUACUUUUUCCAUCAAAUUCAUGAUCUAGAGAGUUGAAACGAGUUGAGUGAGUGCUAGUUUAGUGGGUAAGUGUGCAGUGUGUUCGGAUGGGCGAGCUUUGUGAUGGGACAAGAUCAGUGCUGAUGAUGCUAUGCCGAAGGGCGUGCUGUGGCUUGUGACGCCACUGCUGGCAAUCUGCAGCCUGGUCAUCGUGUGUGUCGCCAUGUGGACGGACCAGUGGCUGCUCACCGAAGAGAAGAUGCCAAACCCGGCCUACAACGGAUCCGGUGGCCACGAGUAUCUCGCCAAGAUAACUGUGUCCGGCCUGUGGACUAUCUGCACCACUGAUCCUGGGGAGGAUGACAUGCAUUGUACAUUUAUCGAGUACUUUCCUAAGGAGGAGUACAGUCCAGAUCCGAAUGACUCUACUAUGGCGAUACCAUAUGCAGUGACGAGGUCGGCGUUCUUUUUCAUCUUGGCGACAAUGCUGCUCUUUGUUGGCGAAUUCAGCAUCCUUUAUGGUCUGUUAAUGAGACGGAGAAGAAUUUCUGUCUUUGUUUCCGGAGUGGUGUUCAUCAUCUCAGGGCUUUUGAUGCUGACAGGACUAGUGAUGUACAUAAGUGUAUUCAAAGCGGAAAUAGGGAAUAAAUUGAGACCCAGGUCUCAACUACAGCCUCCCAUGUUCACAUUCCAAUAUGGAUACAGUUUCCUAUUGUACGUGAGUGGCUUCAUGGCAAUCGAGACAGCGGGAACUUGUGCCGUAUUCCUGUACAUUUCGUGGCAGCAGAAGGAGUGGUCGAAAAAGCGAGUCGAACUUCAUGCCAUGAAUCAUCGGCGAAAACUUUCCAGCACAACUUCAUCAGCCAUGAAUAUAGAACAACAGCUCUACAUGGGAGGCCAUGCAAUGUAUCCGUGUAGAAGACAUCCUUACUAUCCGCCUCCAGUGAUGGCGAAUCACACGGGAGUCUCACCCGGCAUACAUCAGCGGCGCUAUUACUUGGAUAGUGAACAUGAUGAAUCUUUAGCUCAAAGUCCAAUAGCGCGAGUAAGCAACGUGUCAGCCUCCUACUACACGUUCCCCGACUCCACGAUGGACACUUUCGACACGGUGCCAAUAGAGGGCGGGGAGUACAUGACACGCGGGGGGUGGGACUUACCACGUGACAUCACCACGCACACGGUGAGCACCACGGCCGACAUCAAUUCCUGCGACGACAUCGGUGACUACUCUCCGCAUCCCGACUUUGUCACCUUCGACCUUGACGCAGUCCCGCCGAUGCAGACGCCUGACGGACGACGUCAGUCGGACUACGACAGUUUGCGGCGAACGACACCUGUCUAGUCUCUAUGUCAUAGAAGUUGUGAACAACAAUAUAAUUAUCAAUAAAAUUUUGGAGAACCACGUCUGUCAGAUUCUGUGUCAUAAAAGUUGAACACUAGUUGUAUCAAUGUGUUAUCAACGCCUUCUGUGUGAUAGAGGUUGGAAAAUUAGGUAAUAUCAGAGAUAGGCCUAUCGUAUGUCUAUCUUGUUCGGUGUUGAAUGAACAAUAAAUUAUCAAUGUCGGAGAGCCUCGCCUGUCUAGCUUCUGUGUGAUAGGGGUUGAACAAUAUUUUAUUAUCAAUGUUAGCCAAAAAUGUGUUUCCAGAUCAAGAAACCCGGUUGACCGAUUAGUGGUAGUAAAAUGUUUGUUUCAUUUAUAACUUGGCACCAACAAGUUUAUAAGUAAUAGCACCUCAAUAAGAUAAAAAUAUAAGAUAUUAUAAUGAUUUGAAAUCAUUAAUAGGCUAAUAACAACAAUUAUUUGAAAUAUUGGGGCCCUUUGAAGUUUUUAAAGUUCUGAUAAAGGUUGAUGAGAGAUUCAACUCAUUUGCAUUCCUGGCUAUUAAAAACAGUACUACAUAUCAUUGAAAACUUUAAUAUUGUGAGUAAUCAAUUUUGGUGCCAAGUUCUAAAUGCAAUACUUGUAUAUGUAUAUUUGUGAUUGUACAAUGAAUAUUGUUCUGUUUGGCAUGAGAAAUAAGAAAAAAAUUUCUUGCACUUGCUUUUUUUAGAGACUCAUUUAAACAAAAUGUUGGAUUUUUAAAAUUUCUGAAAAAUCUACAAAUUAUAUUCAUUUUUGUCAAUGUUUUAAACGAUUAGAGUUAGUUUCGACGAUGUUAUAUAGUUUGAACUUUGUUAGUAGGGUAUGAGAGAGUGAAAUUUGGGUAACCAAUAUCAUAGAGAAACAAUAGCGUAAGUUAUUGUUACGCUAUUGUUUCCUUACGCUAUUGUUUCUCUAUGCCAAUAUUCAAUAAAUUUGAAUUCAGUCUCAAUUAUCUAAAAGAUGAUUGAUUAUUUUUUCUGUAUUCGAAUACUCGAUUAUUUUUUCAUUUCAAUGCAAUCUAAGUGAGAACGAUAGGUUCAAUACUUAGAUAUCAUUCACAGUACUGUACCCUUAAAUCAUGACUGAAGUGCAAGAAAUUUUAUUAAAAACUGGAUUCUUGAAUCUAGUUCAAUUGAGUUUUUGUUUGAUUUAGAGAGUUUAUCAUCCUUAUUGUUAUGUAAAAAUUGAUGUUAUCGAUGAUGUUUGUAAAUACGUGAAUGUAAAUGUUAUGUCAACUUGUCCUUAGAUAAUUAUUAGCAAUCAAAAUUCAGCUUAAAUCCAAUAUCUAUCACCUCAUUGCAAGUCGGAUAUUUUUCGUUAUGUUGAAAGUUAUUACCAAUAGUGAACUCCAGAUAAUCUAUCUAAUGUGAACUACAAAAAUGUGAACUAGAGUCUAAUUGAGGAGAAUCCUUUGAUGUAAAUCCUUGUUUACUUCAAUAGUGGCCGAAUAUAGAACCA